GUCGGGCUGACCAGGGGCAGGUGCAACACUCGUACCUUCCGAUACACCACGCAGUUUCAACGGCUACAUCGACGACAUCGAAUUGCCCACUGUAAGCUAAACCAACGAUCAGUACUCUACGCUCAUAAUUUGGUGAUGAAAUAACAUAAAAAUUCGACACUAUGGAAUAUGUCCGCUUUGAGCUCUCCCCCGGGUCCUAUGCCCGCGGUGGUCCGACGGGAGGACUCCUCAUCUUGAGAGCUUAAAAGCAGCAUCAGACACUUUACCCAACUUCUCCGUAUCAAUCGCAAAACCUUCAAUACAAUCAGUUUGCCUUUCUCUUUAGUUCUUCCGAACUCACCGUCAAAACACAUUGUAUGAUGCUGUACGAAAAGGUCCCCGACGUCGAGAGCUCCUCGGAGUCUCUUCUACACUCCAACUCCACACCCGACAGCUACGAACAACACCAAUGCCUCCGAGAACGAAAGCUAAAAAGAGCCUGGAGGUCACUGCGUGAUGAGUGGCCUAGGCCUGCGAGGAUUCUCCUCACCAUCAAUGCAGCUCUAAGUAUCGGGCUGUUAUGCCUCUAUCUACACGCGCUAUGGAGGAUACAUUCGUCCCCGUUCUACCGAGCACCCAAACCUCCAUACUCACCCCUCCUCGAAGACGGCGUAAUCGAGUACGAAAACAAGCGCUUCCACCCCGACCGGGUCUUCCAAAUGGACCCCUCUCCUUCCGUCGAUAAAGCGUGGGAGUCCAUACUUGGUCCAAGCGACGGCAUAGUCCGCCUCCCCCUUUCCGCUUCCCAAAAACUCGGCUACCCCUCCUCCGAAAUAUACUACUCUCCCGGUUCCUACAUCUACGGCGUCUCCAUGUUCCACCAGCUGCACUGCCUCGACAUCAUCCGGCGCUCCUUUUGGCGAGGGCACUACUAUCCGAACACCUCAGACGUGGAAUACCACGACCACCGGGCGCACUGUUUGGAUUUUUUGAGACAGGCGAUUAUGUGUAAUGGCGAUGUGGCGAUGACGUAUUGGUGGAAUAAGAAUUAUACGUAUAUUGAUGAGAACACGGGGGAGGAGAGGUAUACGGAGGAGUAUUUGGGGAUGAGUAAAAGGGAGAGGGCGUAUGGGACUACGUUGUUGUGGGAUGUGGAACAUCAGUGUAGAAGCUUUGAGAGGAUUCAGGAGUGGACGAGGAGGCAUCAGUUGAGGGAUGAGGAGUAUUGGAGGGAGGCGCCGAAUUUUAGGAAGGCGGAGGGGUAGGGAGAGGUCUUGAAAGUUCAUCAAAGAUGGAGGUUGGCGAACGGGG